AUGUCAAAUCGAUUCCCCCAAUCGUCCGGGUUCAAUUCCCGUGACCGCUCUCCACAACGAUUUGGAGACCGACGCCCCCCGGUUGGUCCUCGUGGCCCCGACGACGGCCCUACGCCAUUCGGGAGAGAUCCACCGCGUGGCCCGCGAGCCCUUGUCGAUUCUCCCCGUGGUGGCCAUUUCGGAGGCCGUGGAAGAGGCUAUGGCCGUGGUGAUUUCCGGGACCGAGACCGAGAUCGCGACCGUGACUUUCGAGAUAACCGCGAUGGACCCCCGUUUCGCCGAGAGUUGGACCGUGACUGGCCUCGUCGUGACCGGGAUCGCGAUCGCGACUUUGAUCCCCGCGAUAAUCGAAUAGGCUUUGGACGAGGCCGCUCAAGGUCCCCGACGCGCGACUUUCGAGAUCUACGAGAGCCUCCGGGGCGCGACUUUGAUUUGGUUCGGAUGCGACGAAACUCAAGGGACAGUAUCUUGUCUGCAUCAUCGGGAGGCCCAGACGGCCCACCGCCGAACAUUGGCCAUAUGCCGAGAGGUGGUAUGCGGGGGCGAGGCCGCGGAGAUUGGGAAGGAGGCCGUGGCAGAGGUCGUCCACCUUUUCUCGAUGACCGUGAUCUGUUCCGCCGACGAAGUCGAUCCCGUGAACCAUGGCGUGGCCGUGAUCGAAUUAUUGACCGCGAUAGAGAUCGUGACAUGGACCGCGAUCGUGUUUUAGAUCGCGAUCGAAUAAUGGACCGAGACCGGGACCGAGAUAUUCCUAUUCCGCGUCCCAGAGAUCGAGAGUUACUAGAUCGUGACAUGGACCGUCGAGACCGCUUUGAUCGCCGUGAAGAUUGGGACAAUCGACGACCCGAUCGCGAAGAUCGUGACCGCCCGGUGGACUUUUGGAAACGGGACCGGCCCCCAAGUCGCGCAGGUAGUCGCGCGGCCUCAACUACUUCUUCGCAUCCUCCUGCGGCAUCGGGCCCAGUCCCACUUGCAGCAGAUCGUUUACCCGACCAUCCUCUAGUGGAUCAAAGCCGUAAGCCAUCAAUCAUUCCCGGUCCUGUAGCUCCAGAGCCUGCACGAGACUUUGACAGAAACAACUUGAUUCCGGCCCGACCUGAGCCCAUUAGACAUGAGCCAGUGAGAUCCGACGUGCCGAAAUCAGACGCGGUGAGACCGGACGCAGCUAGGCCCGAAACCGCUCGAUCGGCGAUUACCCAGGACACCGGACUUGUACCUCGACACUCUCCACCUCCAGCUGCCCCUCAGGUCCCCGCAUUUGGUUCGGUGACUACCCCAAUCCCAAAUCAACCUCCAAACAAUGAUUUCUCCGAGCGCUCAGUGCCCGGUGCCACACUACCAACGGAGAAAGACCGCAGCGAUGUACUACCACGACCACCGGUUCAAGCUCCUACCGGCCCCAAGGCGGAACGAGCUGAGACAACGCAAGUCUUUGACCCUCGUAAUCGCCCCGAUAAUAUACGAGAUCCCGGAAAUCAACAAGCGAUACCUCCCCGGGUCCGAAAAGUGUCUAGCAAUCUCCCUGAUGUAUCACCACCAACCGCCCCAGCUGCGAUGACUAGGGCAGACCAUAUAUCCGCACCCAACGAGUCAUUUGGGCCCGGCAGAUCGCACUCGCUCACCUCAUCUCCCACCUUUACGCGAGCGCCGCCGCCGGCCCCACGGGCAGUCUCUCGCGAGCCGUCUAUGUCACCUCGAAUGCAGUCCUCUGGCAUUCCCACUGGACCUCGAGCGUUGCAGUGGCCGGCUUCCUCUCCUAGGGGCCGCAAAGGCAGCAAACAAUGGGUGCGGCCCGGCUACGGCCGAACCCCUUCCAUCCCCAACGCACUCCCGAAGCAAGAGCCUGUCAAUGAUGGUGAAAGUAUUCCUCCUGCCAAUGAGAGCACGCGGCCAGUCCCCCGGCCCUCAUCUCCAUUUGAUAUGGACGAACCGGAGAGUGGUGAAAUUCUACCCCAUCACCCCACGAAAGAUACAUCUCCCGUUUCUCCGAUGAACCUUCCGAUCCGACGCAGUUCGCCGGUCGUGGAAACCCCAAAUGAAGCAAAACAAAUGCCAGAAAACCAAACCGAUGAAGAUUCUGUCAUGAUCCCGGACUUUGGACGUUCCAGCGACGAGGAAGACGGGGAAAACAUUGUUUUCACCAAGGAGUAUUUGGAUGAAAGAAGGCAGAUAUUUGAGAAGGACAUGGAGGCUCUCCGAGCAGAACUUCCCCCAUCACCUUUGGAAGACCCUACCAUCGUUGCCCUGUUGAUGAAAAUACAGCUGCUUGGUAUGGUGGCCAACCCAGAGGAAGUCGAGCGAGGAAAUGAAAUCGAACACCCAACCGAACAAGUGAAUGAACAAUCCGUGGCUCAGGUUGUUGAUACACUGACUGAACGCCCCAUCGAAGACCCAGUUCUGGAACAAAAAAUAGACCGUGCGCCAUCCGUGGAGGAACAACAGCCAAAUGGUCACGCUGGCGACGAACGAGUUGUCUCAUUCGCUCCAGCUAUCCCUGAGCGCGAACCAGAGACACUCACAGAGACGAUCAUCCCCCCAAUGGUUCAUCGCGAUGAGAUUACUGUCAACAGUCUUCCAUUUUUGCACUCAGGCCCUCCAACGCCUAUCUCAGACAUGGAUGUAUACCACGAGAACAUUGCGACCCAAAAUCGUCUCAGGGACACUUUUAGCGCAGAACUCUCCCACGAAAAAGAAGAACUCUUCAAGAAGAAUGAACUCCUUCGUGAGGAAUAUAUGUCAUACUAUAAGCCAUGGCGAUUGGCGAUUUGGGAGCUCGACCGUAUGAAGGACAAGAAGUCUGUGACCCCAGCCCCUGCGUCGCCGCCGGUUUCCACAGUCCCAACUACCCCGGCACCGAUGCCAGAAGGUCGCGAAGGCCGCCGAUACAAAGGGAACAGCGAACUUGAUUUCCUCAAUGCGUUGAAAGCUUCCGAAAUCUCGGCCCAGGAAGAGCUGGAACGUCGACGCACUAAGAUGGCUACUGCUCGACCUGACUUGGGCCGUGAAGCAAUCAUCCCUAACAUGCUCGAGCUUUCGGAAGAGAAGGCUCGCAUCUAUAAAGAUGUGAACAAUAUCAUUGAGUGCAACAGGGCUUUGGAUGUGUUCGGUUUCUUGCCACCACCAAAUGAUUUCACUCCCGAGGAGCACGUUAUCUUCACGGACGCUUUCAUGGCGCACCCAAAAAGAUGGGGCAAGAUUGCUGAGUCUUUGCCUGGCCGAACUUUCCAACAGUGUAUCUUACAUUAUUACCUUACCAAGGAAGAGAUCAAGUACAAGGCCAAACUCAACAAGCGCUGGAGUAAACGGAGCAAGGGAACUCGCAAGGGCGCACGACCUAAGUCCAACGCUCUUAUCGCGGACUUGGGUGUAGUGAAGCCUGACUUCGAUGGCGGCGAAGAGACAACCACACCAGCUGUGACUGACACGGGUCGGCCGCGACGUGCAGCAGCGCCGACAUUUGGCGAAACCACCGCUGCCGAAAUAGAAAGCAGCAGUGUGCCAAUCGGACGUCGUGGUCAACCUAUCAGGGAUGGUGAACCAGUUGAACGGCCAGUUGCUCGUCGCGGGGGACGUGGCGGAGGCACCCGUGGUGGGCGGCGCGUCAAGGCCCCUCAGCCGGAUCCGAAGAGCCAGGCCCCAAUGCCACAGGCGAAUACGCCCUCAGUAGCCCCCCUGCCUCCCCCUCCCCCUCCCGGAAUCGAGAUGGAAAUGAUUCAAGAUACCAUCAUGGAAGGGUAUGAGGCCCGGGAAAGAGAACAGGUUGAAAAGGAGUCUUUGCAGCCAAUUCCACGAAGCAGAAUGGGUCGAGGACGAGCAAAGGAUGGAGUUUAUGUCUUUGAAUCAACCGAACCUGAACAGCCUAUGGCGGCCAACAAACAGCCAGAGACUGGUUAUGGAUCUUUACAACCAACAAGUUAUUGGUCUGUCCCAGAGCAGCGCGAUUUCCCGGCCUUGCUGGGACAUUUCGGCCGCGACUUCGAGGGUAUUUCUGGUUGGAUGAAAACCAAGACAACAGUGAUGGUCAAAAACUUUUACCAACGACGUCUGGACUCUGGCCAGAAAGAUUUCGAAUUGAUUCUCACAGAAGCCGAGGAAAAGAAGGCCCGCGGUGAGCCUACAGGGCUACUUCCGGUCCCAAGCGUUGCUCCCAAGCGACGGUACGAGGCAACCCCAUCGUCUAUUAUUCCUCGUCCGCUCGCUCCCCAUGGCGAUCCGAUGAUGGAAGGGGAAGAUAUACGGUUCUCAUCGAAAGGCAAACCCAUGGCCCUUUCGCCGCAACCCAUGCCCCUGCAUGGUCGACCCAUGCCCGAGAAAGACCGGAAUGCCGGUCGCUACCAGCCCCUUGCACAAGCAUCCGGUGCCUCGCCGGUGCCUUCAACUGCGACUCUCAUUGAGGAAUCAACCCGAGCGAUUCGUGCGCAAGGAGGGCCGUCACACCGCAGCAUACAGGGACCAAGGCUCGGGUAUUUCACUGAUGAACGGCGAGACUCUUCAAUAUUGCCCCAUGCCACAGCCCGCAUGCAAGAUUUGCCAAUGUCUUCGCGUCAUCCUGGCUCCAUGCCACCGGAUAUGACACGCAUGGACCCUUUGUCUGGACAAGCCUACAUCCCUGGACAUCAAUCCUCGUCCAUUCUCUCAUCGGCCCAUUCGCGUCACCCUAGUAUGCCCCAAGCACCUGGAUCACCAAGUCAGUUGCCUAGACCCGACCUUGAAAUGUCGUCUGUCCACCGCGAUCCAUUCGGUCAGCGAUCUUAUUACCCCAUCGGAAGCCAAUCGAUAGGUAUUUCUCAAUCGCCUCGCCCUGGUUUGUCGCCAGUGAAGGAAACCCCCCGACCUAGUGCCACCCCUGCCCCUGAAGCAAGUUCUCGCCAAGUGCCUGCCAAGCGGUCCAAUAUCAUGAGUAUCCUCAAUGAUGAGCCCGAGGAGCCUCAACCUCGCAAGCGAUUUGCGAGUGAGCAGGCUCCGCCCUCACAGACUGGAACCUCAGGCGCCAGUUCAAGGCCCGCUUACCAAGCCAGUGGAGCGUCCCGCCACGAAGAGAAUGUGAUGCCGGGUGUACCACAUAAGUCUUCUGCUUAUGCCCAACAAAGCCAAUAUCAGCCAUCGUCUCGCGCAUAUUCCGAAUAUCCUGGAUAUGGACCUCCUCAAACUGGCUCGGGCACUUCGGCAAAUACCGAUUGGAUGGCGCGGUUUGAUCCACGGGCGCAACAGACUCCUCCACAGCCCCAAGCCCCCUCUCUACCACAGCAGCAGCAGCAGAGCAGUCGUGCUCCGACAUCUUUGGCUUCCCAAGGUUCAUAUUCUUCUUACGCGGCAACUCCAAGUCAGGCAUCGGUGCCUAUGUCCAGCCUUCCCGCCCCAUCCCCCGCUCCGACUCCCCCUCCGCAGAACGGCUCUCAGCGAUCCACUUAUCCUAACGUCUUCUCCCAAUCAUCUUCUACCCAGCCAUCUGCGGCUUCAAAUUCGCGAGAGAUGGCACAUCAACCUUCGUCUUACCGGCCACCGUCUCCUGGCGCACGCUCUAGUAUGUCGUAUGGUUCGCGGCAAGAUCCACCUACGCCUGCGCAGCCUUCUGCUAGUCUUUAUGGUAUUCACUCACGCCAAUCUGGAACGCCAUCUACGUACUCAGCAGCACCAUCUACUCCGAACCCAGCACAGCCGCACAGCUAUCAACAACACGUGCAAACGAUGGUCAGCGGGUCGCAUCAACCUCAAUCCCUCCGAUCGACGCCAGUCAAUCUCUCUGCUGGCUCCUCGCAAUAUGGACACAGUACCCCGCCCCCUCAGUCCCAGGCUGGUAGGCCAAUGGCCUCGCUGGCGAGCCUUGGACGCUCGUUCACCCCUCCAUCGACUCUACAUCACUCGAUGAAUGGAAGUACCAUGAGUGGCUAUCCUGCCCCUCCAUCUGGAACGGGGUCGAUUCCGCCACUUCACCAACGACCGGUUGGCCCAGGUUCAAUGGGUGACAAUGCCUCCACGCCUACGCAUCAUCGCGUCUACAGCCACGGGUCGGGCCAAGGUGGGUUACCGGGAUCACUUCCACCACCUUCACAACAACCUCGGUAG